AUUUGCAAGCUCCAGCCUCUCAUUUGAAUGACAGACUCCAUCCAAAAAAGGCUUCCCUGAGGGCGAAACCAACUCACUAGGAGACACGUGGCCCACUAUUCACACAGCAGCCAAGCUUAGAUAACACCAGAAAUGGUCCAGCAUCACUGAUAAACUCCCAAAUUUAGCGUUAUCACAUCUUAUCUUAACCAAGGGGAAGAAUUCCAUCAAAACAACCCUCAUCUCAACAAGAUAACAGACACAAUGUCCAACCUGUGUGUAAGGACAAUAUCAACCAAGUCUCGGAGCAACAGUGGCCCUCCUACAUCUCAAGCUUCGGCUGUCAAACUAUGAAUCCAUGGAGAGAUAUUGUGACGCUGUCUUUUAUCGAGCGGUGAGUCUAUGUGACGGAAGCCCAUAAUAAGAUGUCGAGAGCUUGGAUCGAAAAAGAUUGGGAUCGAGUUUGGCACAAGUCACCAUUUCAAAAGUCACGGAUAGAAACAGUCCCACUGUACUGAUGCCUCUUUAUUGACCUAACCCAGGCCCUGGUACUUGGAAGUCAAAAAUAGAGACUGUAAACAAACCUAAGAGGAUGACGGAGGAUAGGAGGGUUAACAAGGAGACCAGGGCAAGCAUAAACAACCAAAAAGACUGCGAGAGAGAAAAGACCCAAUGAGAAAUAUCACCAAGAGGACAAGGAGAGAGAGAACAUCCUAAAUAAAGGAAAGCAACAGAGAGGGAGAGGGAGAAGCAGGUCAGACUGUGUCUGCUGCUCUACGGUCAGUGACAGUCCCAACAGCACGUCUGCAGAAGCAGACUGGGCAGGCGUCAGUAUGUAGGCCAUGGGCUGUCACGUCACCAGGCUGCACAGAUGGCUUCCACUAGCACAGGGCUGCUACAGUAGGCUAGCAUGCUAGGCUAACAUCUCACUAGCCAAUGGGGGCCAACCAGUGCACUGAGCCUGGCUAGAGGCGAGAGACGAUAGGGGUUGUGUGAUUGAUAUGCAGACAGAUGUAGACAUGCUGGCGUAGUGACGCCCACAGACUAACAGAGAUAAUGACUCACACGAAAACACUGGGAAGCUUUUUUCAGACUUGUGUGUUCUACGCCAACUUCCCUUCAAUUGCCAUAAAAAAAUCUUCUUUCAUGGCGCCACUUGCAGACACGUGCCAUAAAAAGAGAACUUGAUGUAUCACAUGUUUCUAAUUGUGUGAGGAGAACGCAACUUCAUUUCAAUGUCUCAGAUGGUCAAUGAAAGGCCAUAAACAGGUUUGACCAAGUGGAAAUGUGUUAAACAUGUCUUGGCAAAGCGAGUUCAUAACCCCCUCAGUCAAAAGUUUUAUAUGGUUGAACAAGGGUGGGGUGUCUAUCGUCAGCUUUUCUGUGGAUGAAUUCACAGCCAUAUUCAGAGUCAACAUCGAUGGGCUUUAAAAACACAGGCCAGCACUCAGGUUAGUUCGCAGGAUCUCAAUAACCUUCUAAGUCAAUGACAGUGAGGUGCUCAUGUACUGUAGCCUGUACUGACAUCAUAUGCAUACAGAGUAGCAGACUGACUCAAAUCCACCUACCCAGACUGCCCGAGGAUCUAAGCACUCCCACGCAGGACUCUCUCUCUCCAGCACCGCCUGACAACUUGGUUCACAUUUCUACGCAACAAUCUAUGGGGUUAUCCUUAAAAGCAACAGCUCUAAGGGCCGUUGAUUUUAUUUUCAGAUUUGAAGCAGGGAAGUACCAAAAAGGUUACUGGCUAAAUCGUAGUGUGCAUCCAUUUGUGGCUGUUUAAAUUGGGUAAGCUCAUCAUAAUUGUGACAAUAAAAAUAUUAAAUGUUCUACGGUCAAACAGCCUAAGCAACACGACGUCUUGAGUCGAUGGACCGUCAUAAAAAAAAUGAAAAUAACGAAGACAUUAAUUAGUCAAGCUCUAAUCAGCUUGCCAGCUGUCACCCGUCAUGAUAUCGUUUUAUAUUGCCUCCUAAAAAUAGAAUUUAUAAAUUAUGUAUGCACACGUCAGUGACACAAUCAUUGUUUACGUGCUGUGAAACAGACCACGACGUCGCUGUGAAAUGAUCACAGAACAAUACCAAGCGCGUUUAUGUAUUGCUUGCCAAUGGUUUCUCCAAAUGUUUUGGCAAACAGAUGACAAACAUGCACAUGGCCACAAAAAAAACAUAACUCCAGACCAAAACAAUGUCAUCACGCGGUUGCACUUCCUCUGCAACUUCCCAUGUUACGGAGCGCAUACACCGCAGUCGUCCACUGUUCUGUUAUGGAUGUGCAGUGCAGCUGUGGUGCAGAAUACGCCACUGCCAACUUUAUGGAACGGACGGUGUGUAAUUUAACCCCGUGCAUCCAAUGCCACUGUGAACAAGAUCGUUCCUUCUCGCAUCACAACCGCAAGUCACACUCCACGAAGCAUGAGAUUCCGACAAUGGCUGGGACUAUUUUUUGUGAGCCUUCUGACCUAUACAACCUUCUCAAUCAAUACAACCGCCUCUCCAGACUUGCCGAGUUCAACUACCUCUGUUUGAUCGAUGCCCGAGCUAAAGGACAAUACAAUGCAAGCCACAUCAUUGCUGCAAGAAAUGCACACUGGGAUACAAAUGGUACAUUUGUUUUGCCUGAAGGAGUGGAGGUGGAGAGCAUGCGGUAUAUUGUGGUCUAUGACAGCAAUACUAGUUGUUUGCCAGGUUCAGGUGAAGCUAUUGCAUGUGCAGAGGCCUUGACAAAAGCAAGCCAAUAUCCUGUCCAAAUCCUGAAGGGAGGUUUUCAACGCUUCUCAGCCUAUUAUCCUUUCUUCAGAACACAGAAGAUCCUUUAUACUGUGAAGGAGUUGGAGAGCCUAAAGCCUUAUCCAGUGGAGAUCUUGCAAGGCCAACUCUAUAUGGGAGAUUUCAAGCAGGCCAUAAACCCUCACAUCCUCAAAGACCUGAAAAUAAAUGGUCUGGUCAAUGUUUCGGAGGACAACAGUCUUUUGUUUGAAAAAGGAAACCAUACCAUCCUUCACAUCUGUGUGAGCGAUUCAGUCGAGGAUAAUUUGUACUCAAGUUUUGAGCGGAUAUGUGUUUUCAUUGGGACCCGUAUCAACACAGGGUAUGCUGUCUUGGUAUUUUCGAGUCAUGGCAUUAGCCGCUGUAGUACCGUGGUUAUGGCCUUCCUAAUGCACCACUUAAAGUACACUUUAAAGGAGGCCUGGCAUCAUGUUCUUCGAUGUAGAACCAACAUGAGGCCAAACCGGGGGUUUGUGGAGCAGCUCUCUGAUUGGGAGCUACAGACACUGGGGCGAAGAAUAACAGACGUGGCUGAGCCUCACUUUUAAGGAAUCGCCGUUUAGUGAUAUACACAAUAUAUCAAUGACUUCUGACGAAAAAACCCUGCAACAAAGAUUAAUUGUCGAGUGGUAAUAAAAAACACACAAAUAUUUACAACUCCUGUGAAUACUAAAUCAAAAUAUAUGAAAGCAUAACUGUUUCAAAGAUAGAAAAUGAUAGUUCAUAACAGAAUAUCUGAUAUUUGUAAUACAUUCAGUAGGCUUUAAUUUGUGUACUUCUAAAAAAAAUA